GCUCGACAACAAACUUAUUUAAAAUGACGAAUUCACAACGUCCUUAUUUUAUCUCCACGCAGACAAUAUAUGUACAGAAAGGGUUCGUUCAAUUAUGCUCUUUUAUCGGUACAUAUAUGAUCAGAUUAGGGGGAUAAAAAGAUAAACCAUUUUCCGGCGCGGGAAAAUCGUAAUAAACACGGAAGUUCUUGCUUGCUCGCUCGUUUAAUGAUGUCACUGUUGUGCGCUCCUACCUCACAUUUUCACUCACAAACCGAUUGAAAUGAGACUCGUAAACAAUGUUUAGCUUCGCCAAACAUCUUCCAAAGUCAUUCUGACAUUUUGGACCAAAGCUUUUGGUCCUACUAUGGAUCGCUAUAACGAGGUGAAACUGUUGCUGAAAAGCUGGGAGCAGGGCUUUUUCAAGGAGCACCAGAGGAAACCCGCUAAGGAGGACAUUGAUGAAGCUUCAGAGGACACCAAGAAUUUAUACAGAGAGUUCCGCAGUUUGAAACAGGCCAAAGAGAAUAGCAGCAGCAACAGUAGUAGCAGCAGCAGUAGUACUUGUUCAACCAGAAAUAAUACUGAACAGUCAGGAUCUGCACCCCAGAAGGACUGCUGGGGUUCUCAUCUGAAUCGCAGUGCGUUACCAGCGUCUUCGCCCCAACCCCUUACCGCCCUCGACAGAGAUGCUCUGAAGGCCUCGGCGCAAUACUACGGCCUCAAACUGAAGAACAAUCUGGCAACGCUGACUUAUAAGGAGAACCCUGUCUCGUUUAAAAAAUCUGGACGUGUGCCUUUUAACUCCUUAAAAAAAGAUGUUCAGUGUGUACAGAACAUCGGCGCUGUCGCAACGUCCCCUGUUGCAGAAUCUUGCCCAUUUUCACCAAGGCGUGUGAAGCCGACCUCGGAAGCCUUGGUCUCCAAUAAGCCCGAUCUGGCGGACCCUGAAGAACCUCUUGAGCAGUUUCCGCCCAUUUUGGAACCUUCCAAAAGUUCUACUAGUUUUGGUAGGACUCAAGUGUGUACCAUCUCCAGUGGAGAUGGAGAAAAAGACUCGGGGACUUCAGAUGGAGGCCUUGGACCUCUAAGUCUUGGAAGACUUGGAGGAGCCGCCACUGCGGCAAGGCCUUCUCCCGCCAAUCGGCUGAUCUCAGUGGACAGAAAGUGGCUGGAGAGGUGUCAGGUUUUUGGUGAGCUGGGAGCUGAAGAGAAGCCCCGGGCGGGAAACCAGGAGGGUCGUCGGCCAAGCGGGAAAGACGAGGAGAAACGAGUUAAUGAGAAAGAUGCCACGACCAACACUCCGGCAAAUCUUGAUCCACGUCCCGUGAAAAUGAAGGAAAAUACAGAAGACCCGGUCCCACCGGAAAAUGUCAGUGGGAGUCCUCCAAAGAAGAGCGUGAAGAAGAGGCAGCGAGAAGGAGAGGCGAUAGAGGAAGGGGGAGCCCGGAAGAGGAGGAGGAAGAAGAACGAAGAUGGAGAUGAGAAGAAGAACGAGGAGAAUGCCGAGGAAGGAAACGGGAAGAAGAGGCGCAGAAAGGAGGGAAAAGAAGACCCAGAAGCCGAGAAAGACAAAGAGACCAAGGCAUCAAAGAAGGUCCCUCAGGAGAACCUACUUGGAGAAAUCGAGGAGGAGUUUGGCACAAGGAGAUCAUAUGCACAGCCUGUCAGAGCCAGAGGCUCCAAAACGACCGAGGGCAACUUUGUGAAGAUCAAUCUGAAGAAGAAAUCUCACGUCAAAGGAUAUGCACUGAGAGGGAUGGCCCUACGCAAACAAUUGUACAUGCAGAAGUUCCAACUGAAAGGCGAACGUUUCGGUGGCGGUGGCAGCUGUUUUGGCAGAGGCUGGCGCGGCGGCUUCCGCGGCGGCCACAGUCGCCAGGGCGACACCUGCUACAAGUGCGGGGGCACGGGACACUGGGCCGUCCACUGCAAGGGACCAGCGCCGCCGCCUGCCGCUCCCGAGGAGCAGCCCGUCGAGGAGGAGGAGCCCUUUGAGUUGCCCACCCUGGAGGAAGUCGCCAGGGCGACGGGAACGCUGCAGCCACAGCCACAAGCUCCCGGUUUCAAAGAACAGCAAGAACCAGACGACAACAAAGACGAAGCUCUGCUCAACGUGAUCCGUCCCGACUACGAGCGUCCGGCACCUCCGACCCCCGUCGUGCCGUUUUACGGCCUCACCGAUGAGGGCAAAGUUCAGGCGACACCGGAUGAGGUCUCGGCUGCUCUGCGAGAACUCGGCUACAGCUCGUUCAGGGCGGGGCAGGAGGAAGCCAUCAUGAGGAUCCUGUCAGGUCUCUCCACCUUGGUGGUGUUGUCAACAGGGAUGGGGAAGUCGUUGUGCUAUCAGCUGCCAGCUUACUUGUAUGCCAAGCGGUCCAACUGCAUCACCCUGGUCAUUUCCCCUCUCGUCUCGCUCAUGGAUGACCAGCUCUCUAGCCUGCCAGCCAAUCUGAAAGCAGCCUGCAUCCACUCCAACAUGACCAUGAAACAGCGAGAAGCUGCGAUACAAAAGGUAAAAGCAGGGCUGGUGUGUGUGCUGCUGCUCUCCCCCGAAGCGCUGGUUGGCGGCGGCGGCUCCAGUUCUGGGUGCCUGCCCUCGGCGCAGGAGCUCCCCCCCGUGGCCUUUGCUUGCAUCGACGAAGCCCACUGCGUGUCAGAGUGGUCGCACAACUUCCGGCCCUGCUACCUCAGGCUUUGUAAGGUGUUGAGGGAGCGCUUGGGCGUGCGCUGCUUGCUCGGGCUCACGGCCACGGCCACGUUGUCUACGGCUCUGGAUAUCGCCCAGCACCUGGACAUCCAAGACCAGGACGGCAUUGCGGUCCGAUCCACCGCCGUGCCCGCAAACCUGCAACUGUCUGUGUCCAUGGAUCGGGAGAAGGAUCACGUACGACCAAUAGUGUUCGACCCCUCAAGAGUGUCCCCCGAUUUACAAUACUUUGCUUUGUCCUUUUUUUCUUGUUCUUUUUCUUUUAAGGCUCUGGUUUCCUUGUUGAAAGGCGAUCGUUUCGGCUGCCUGGACUCUGUCAUCGUCUACUGCACCAGGAGAGAGGAGACGGCUCGCGUGGCCGCGCUGCUCAGGACCUGCCUGCAGGGGGUGCUGCUGAAAAAAAAUAAAUACAUCAGCAACAGCCAAGCACAAGUCAAUCCAUUCGGACAAAAGAAGAAAGAACUUGCAAGGAAGAAGAUUCGUAAACCUCUGAAGUGGCAGGCCGAGUCGUACCACGCCGGCCUCUCUGGGUCGGAACGCCGCCGGGUUCAAAACAACUUCAUGUGCGGCGAGCUCCGGAUCGUGGUGGCCACCGUGGCGUUUGGCAUGGGCCUGGACAAAUCGGACGUGCGGGGCAUCAUUCACUACAACAUGCCUAAGAGCUUCGAGAGUUACGUCCAAGAAAUCGGGAGAGCGGGGAGAGACGGAGAACCAGCACACUGUCACCUCUUCCUUGAUCCCGAAGGUAUGGACCUCCACGAGCUGCGGCGUCACAUCUAUUCCGACACGGUGGACUACUACACGGUGAAGAGGCUGGUCCGGAAAGUAUUCCCGCCAUGCAAAUGCAAACAAAUCCACCAGAAACAACAAGAACUGAUCCAGGAGGACGUCUGUGACGCCGAGCUGUUGGUGGUGAUGGAGAUGUGCGAUCAGGAAAGCAGCCGCGACACACCCGCCCGGCAGGAGAUGCUACAUUCCACAGAGAGCGAGCAAGAAGAGGUCAAUUCAGACACUAAAAAUGUCAAUGUGGAGUUUGCGGGUGACCAGGAAGUAGAAAGCUCCUCUGACUGGCCGUUGGAGCGAGUGUGUCACACUCAUGAGAGAGCUGUCCCCAUCCAGGAGACUGUGGAGACACUGGACAUCACAGAAGAAGGUAUCGAAACGCUGCUGUGCUAUCUGGAGCUCCAUCCGCAGCGCUUUGUGGAGCUUCUCCACCCCACGUUGUCUGUGUGCAAAGUCAGCUGCUAUGAAGGACCCAGACAGCUGCGGAAAAUCACUCAAAUCUGCCCGCCCGUCGCCGUGGUGCUGGCUCGGAGGCGCAUGGGCGGCGAGCGAGUGGAGUCGUGCGACCAGCUGGAGUUUGACGUGGUGGAGGUGGCCGACACGAUGGGAUGGCAGCUCCCCCUGGUCAAGAGGGGACUCAGACAGCUGCAAUGGAGCACGGGUAAAGCCGGUGGGCGGAGCGGCGUCCACGUGGAGUUCUCUUCCCUGUCCUUCUACUUCCGCUCCUACGGCGACCUGAGCGACGAGGAACUGGACAGGGUGUGCCGGUUCCUCCACAAGCGAGUGCAGGAUCGAGAGAGGUGCAAUCUCUACCAGCUGAUCGCCUGUUUUAAGGCUUUCAAAAGUGUGGCCUUUAAAAGCGUAUUGUCCUGCGUGGAUAACCUGGACGAGAAUCGCAGUCGUCAGCUGAAGGACCUCCUGUCCGACUACUUUGACAAGCGACGGGACAGGGACUUCACCCUGGACCCACUCAACCUUGAGGAGAGUCUGGACCAGUACAAGCUCUUGGACUGGGAAAAUCAGAUCAGAGGGGACAUAAGGAGCUUCCUGUCCAACAGAAGUGACGAGAAGUUCUCGGGAAGAGCCGUUGCCCGAAUCUUUCACGGCAUCGGAAGUCCGUGCUAUCCCGCCCAAACGUACGGCAGAGACCGACGCUACUGGCGGAAGUACAUCCAGUUUGACUUCAACCAGCUCAUCAAGCUGGCUACUCAAGAGAUCAUUCGAUUCAAGUAAAAAACUCCCUGUUUACUUCUUGUGUGUGUCAAUGUGUUUCUUUGUAUAGGAAUAAAAGAUUUAUUUUCCUUAGGUUGUUGACUAACACCGUUGACUAUCAUUUACAAAAUAUCCAAAUCAAAGGACUAUUGAGGGGGUUGGUAGAAUCGAGGAGCCCCUGACAGGGCCCAGUUGCAGCAUUUUCCUUUUAUAAAGGUGUCAGUACGUUACUUUUAUCUGAGUAAAAGCUGUAUUUUUACUAAAGUCGCUGAGUAGUGCUGCUGACUAUUAUUCACGAAAAGAUGUGGUGCAAAUCAAAGGGCUACUUAGGGGGUUUGGUUACAGCAUUUGUGCGCAUCAUAAUGCGUGUGUCAAACUGUAAAAAGCUGUAUUUUUACUAAUGUGGCUGAAUAAUGCUGCCGACUCAUGCCACUGACUUUUAUCUAUAAAGAUCCAAAUCGAAGAACUCCCGAGGGGCUUCAGUUGUAACACUCGCCUUUUAUACACGUGUCAAUGCGUUUCUUUUUAGUAAAAUAAAAGCUGUAUUUUGACUCAGAUUAUUUCAUAGUGCCGCUGACUAACUUUUAUUCACAAAAUAUCCAAAUAGGAGGACUCCUCUGGUGGUUUUGCUGCAACAUUUUCCAUUUUACUGUA